AUGCCAUGUUUCAAUGAUGACGGGGACUACGUGGGGCCGCUCUUGCGCUGCCCGCAUUCACAUGCAGAUCGAGCCUGCGGUUUUCAGGAUGGCACUUGGAAAUCGGCCGCCACGGCGGCUUACCCUUCGGAGUUCGCUGCUUUCUUCGCCCGUCUCUCUUUGAGUGUGGUGCCUGAGCUGAGGGCCGUGGCUGACUCCGACCUGAUCCCAGCUAACAUCCCUUCAUCCGCCGAAGCCUUUGCCACGGAGUGCAUCACACGCGGUUCUUUCGAUCGUGCUUCAGUUCAGAUUCUUUUCGACUUGCUUCCUAAGACUCGGCCCCAUAAGAUCACAGGCAAUGCAGAACCUGGCACCGCUUUCUUUGGAGGCACUGUGCACCAGGAGGGUCUCACCGCACCACGGUCCACUUGUUUUACAUUCCCCGAGUCCAUGCGUGUGAUCAAUGCUUUUCUUCACUCCGUGGACCCGCACCACCGUUACGCUGCUUUUGUUCUCACAAAGAACGUUACUAGUGAGGUUCAUCGUGAUCCGCGGAACGCAGAUGUGCCCAACUUGAUUGUGGCAAUUUCCUCCUUUUCUGAUGGUGGCAUUUGGGUACAGGAUGACUCAGGUACCCAGGCACUGUACACUCCUUACUUACAAGACGGACCCGUCUACCUGGAUGCCCGUGGAUGUUUGCAUGCUACCCAACCUUGGGUUGGGGAUCGUCUCAUCGCCAUUGCAUACACCCCUCAGAACGUGCACCUGCUCUCUGCUGAUGAUUCGGCUUUUCUGGCUUCAUUGGGCUUUCCUGUCUUGGAUUCCUCUCCUGCGGGGGGGGAGGCACCAGCGGAAUCCUUCGUUUCCUCAGACAACUUCACCUUGGCUGCAGCAGUGCCGGCUCGCGCUUUCGGGCAGCCCAUGAUCUGCAAGUUUGAAAUGGGCAAGCAAGAGUUUGUGGACAGCUUCGGGUUGUGUUCGCCUGGCCGUUGGGCUCCCGAGGCGAGAGAGAAGUUGGCGUCGAGUGAUGAGGUGGCACAUGCAGAGGGAAUUCGCGGAUUGCUACGAGACUUUGUGAUUGAUCAGCUGAAAGACCCCAAGGACAUGGCGUUCCGUCUCGCGACGGGCCAUGUGAAGAAUUCUCCUUUCGCGGAGUCUGCCUUGCAGAAGUUGAGGCAGAGGAUCGUCGGGUUGAUCCCAGGGGCGUCUUCAGACCUGCUGCGUGUACCCGAGCGGCAGCCGUUCCACUUGUACUUGCUGGCCGAGUCGCUGAGGCUACUUGGUGACCCCGACUGGGAGAUUCUUGUGCAGGGGGAAGAGUGUUAUGCCGAGGGGAUGCCGGUGGGCUUCGACUCGCCACUGCCAACGGCGCCGCAGGUGUUCCGGCCGAGGGACCGCUUCCGCAAGCUGGAUGAGAGUGAGUUUGAACCGCAGAUGCAGAACUACUCUUCUGCCGAGCUGUCUUCAGAUAAGAUCGAAGAGCACUUCAGGGCUGAGGAGCGGGAAGGCUUGAUGGUGGCGACGACUGAAGGGGCCGUGAAGGCGGAGUACGGCGGCCGCCAUGGGGGCCAUUCUUAA